CAAUUAUCUGCUCAUCAGCAGUGAAUCAUUAGUGAAUCAAAAAACCCGAAAAAAUAUAAAAUUAUUAACUAAUUAUUAAAUAUUGCCACAAAAAUUGCAGACUACAUAAGUAACAACAACAAUGGCUGCCACACUGAAACCAUAUCUAACCGCUGUUCGCCAUUCCCUGACGGCUGCAAUGUGUUUACAAGACUUCCCCUCCCAAGUGGUCGAACGCCAUAAUAAACCCGAAGUGGAAGUGUGUUCCAGCAAAGAAUUGAUACUCACACCCAUUGUUAUAUCGCGCAAUGAACGAGAACGUGUUCUCAUCGAACCCUCCAUCAAUUCGGUGCGCGUCAGUAUCGCUGUCAAACAGGCGGAUGAGAUAGAGAAGAUUCUGUGCCACAAGUUCACCCGUUUCAUGAUGCGACGUGCCGAAUCAUUUAUCAUACUGAGACGCAAGCCCAUCGAUGGCUAUGACAUUAGUUUUCUCAUAACGAAUUUCCAUACGGAACAAAUGUACAAACAUAAACUGGUCGAUUUCGUUAUCAGUUUUAUGGAAGAAAUCGAUAAGGAAAUCAGUGAAAUGAAAUUGGCCGUCAAUGCAAGGGCUCGUACUUGUGCCGAGGAAUUCUUGAAGAGAUUUUAGAACGUUUGUUUACUACGUGUCUCUGUGUGUGUGUGAGAGUGUGCGUUCGUAUUGGGAGCGGCAGGAGCCAAUCUUAUCCGUCCGUCCGCUUUGUUUGGGAGGAUGAGGUGAGAAUGUGAGCUCAUCAUCAAUCAAUAUCUAUCUAUAACAAAAGUAUUCCAUCAUAACAACAUGCAAAUAAAUGAAUGUAUGUUUGUCUGUUUUUUAUUUUAAUUUUUUUGUGUGCAUUUUUUUAUUAUUUUUCUUGUAUGUUUCAAAAAAAAAAGUAAAUUUUGUAAUUUCCAAAAUGAAGUAGUGUUUUUUCCUUUUUUUGAAAAUAAAUACAAGACCAUAUUUAAGUAGUAGAUA